GGCGGGGGAAACCAAACUGGCCAUGCUGAAGUUCUUGAGUUUCCUUCCCCUCUCUUGGGCAUGCAGCUAUUUUGAGAUUCCAUAUCAAGCAAAUGGAAAGACCGCAUAUCAGCCGCAUAUCUGAUUCCGAAGACCAUGGAGCUUUGGGAUUUGUUUGGGACUACCGAAUAUAGCAUCGAAGCCUUCCCUCGAGGGCACGGAAGCAAGUUUGGUUGGGUUGCCCCGAUGAACAUUUUCCACAUUCCUCCAACAAAUUUUGAACUGAAGUUUCCUUUUGAGGGCAUGAACGAGGUAGGUUUGACUAUCUCGGCGCUCUAUUUUGAACAGUCUGUCUAUGAGCAGUCGCAGCCUGGAAAGCCUGACUUAUAUUCCUUGGCUGUCGUUCCUGCAGUCUUGGCAAAUUGCUCCAGUGUAGAGGAUGCCAUCCAACUACUGGAAUCCGUGAGCGUGGCUCCGAUUUUGCCCAAUGUUCCUGCCGAGGUGAUGAAGACGCUCAGUGGUUGUGGAAUAUCUUCAGGGAAAGCGGACGAUUGUGGAGAACCACCCGAGAGUGAUGACCAAUGAUCCAGACAUUCAAUGGCAUUGGAGAAAUCUCAACACACGGGUGGACCUGAGCCCAAACUAUCCGCUGCACAACGACUUCAUGCAAGUGAAAGUGGAUGACGUAGGAGUCGUCCCCCGUCCAAUCGGCCAUGGCUGGAAUUUGUUUGGGCUUCCGGGCGACACCACCUCCCCGAGUCGCUUCAUCCGCCUUUUCUAUUUGCGUGCCUAUGCCAUGAAAGUAAACCCCGUGACGAGCUUUGAUGAUGCCGUUGUGCUAGGAACAGCCCUUCUCAACAAUGUCUUCAUCCCAUUUGGCCCUGUAGCUGCCGAUCCGCGUGCUAUGGGGGAUGGCCCGGAGUUCACGGACUAUGGGAUCCUGAAGAGCACCCAGGAGCGAGUGAUGCUAAUCCGAGGCUAUAGAAACACCCAGUGGCGAAAAAAUCGAUCUCAAGCGACUGGACUUCUCAAAAGCCCAUGUUUGGCCUCUUGAAGAUGGGUCGCUGGGGAUUCAGGACAUCACAAGUGGAAGCGGUGCCCCCAAACGCUCGGACCUAUGACAUUAUGAUGGGAAAGACACAAUGACAAGCGAUUUUGUGCAGUUUUGUAUCAUUCCUUUUGCACUGUGAGCAUUGCUCCGCCCGAAUGGGCCUGACAGCUCACGGCCAGGUGCCUUUUUCUUUGCCUUAAGUGCAUGAUAUUGAGAAUCGUUGUGACAAGAGAACAGUAUAGAACAGUCCCAGCGAACAUGCGAGAGGAAG